CAGAGUUAGGUAACCGCCGCCAGGGCCUCGCGGCGGCUGCAGCGGCUCACGCAGCGGCUCACGCAGCGGCCUGGCGGGGCCGAAAGGCCGGGCCGGCGCGUGGCUGGGCCGUGACCCGGCCGUGGCCUCGGCGGCAGGGCCUCCCCGAUGUCGGUUGGGGCUCUGCGGAGCAGAACGGAAGUUGAGCCCGGACUGCGGGCCGGGUAGGAGGCCGUCGGGCCGGCUCGCCCGUGCAGGGUGGAUGCGGCGGCGGCGGCGGCGAUGGACGCAUUAGAGGAAGAGAGCCUCGCGCUGUCUUCCUCUUCCGCCUCCGAUGCAGAGUUUGAUGCUGUGGUUGGAUAUUUAGAGGACAUUAUCAUGGAUGACGAGUUCCAGUUACUACAGAGAAAUUUCAUGGACAAGUACUACCAGGAGUUUGAAGACACAGAAGAGAAUAAACUCACCUACACACCUAUAUUUAACGAAUAUAUUUCUUUGGUAGAAAAGUAUAUUGAAGAACAACUGCUGGAGCGGAUUCCUGGAUUUAACAUGGCGGCCUUCACAACGACUUUACAGCACCAUAAAGAUGAAGUGGCUGGUGACAUAUUCGACAUGCUGCUCACGUUUACCGACUUUCUGGCAUUCAAGGAAAUGUUUCUGGACUACAGAGCAGAAAAAGAAGGCCGGGGGCUGGACUUAAGCAGCGGUUUAGUGGUGACUUCAUUGUGCAAAUCGUCCUCUAUGCCAGCUUCCCAGAACAGCCUGCGGCACUAGGCCCACCUCUGGCAGUGAGACUGUUCUGGAUGUCUGCAGCCCAGCGUCCUGGGAGAGGCUUCAGCUAAUGGCGGAAGGAGAGACCGUAAAGCGACCGGCCCUGCUGUUCUGCAGCUCUUCAUUAAUGUGUCAAGUAUUGAUGGGUAAAAAAACUACGUGACCCUCCUGGGACCUGUUUCUUCAGAAAAACCUGUGCUCAGUAACCCUGGUCCUCCUCCCUAAGUGGACGUCUCUCUCAGGGGCUUGAGGCGUGCCGAGCACUCCACCCGGGGGCAGGGUGGGAAGGCGGGGCGCCUUCCCCGGCACGCAUGGCGGUGCGUCAGCACGCAGGUUCGGUCCUCCGGCCUCCGUGGGCUGCUUUCUAUGUGGGAGCUUCUGCCUAGGGUGUGACUCAAGCCAGCUGCCUGUCCUGAAAUUUCUGGAGCUCCUGUUGUCACAGCGAGUCCUGGCUGCAGGAAUCAACGGAGAGACGUCCUUUAUGUCCUUUACCUAAAAGCCACAUGUUAAAGUCUAUUUCCAGCCUUCCAUUUGCAGUCCCCAUAUCCCCGUGUCUUCUCCUGGUCCUGAUGUAGUUUUACUGUUUCUAGAACUCUCUCUUAAGCCUUUUUGAAAGAUAUUUUUAUAGAUAAAUGCUCAGGCUAACCUAGUGGAUGUAAUCUUGGAACUUCCACGAUUACCCACUUCAAGAUCAAAGUAUUAUAUGCGUGUGCUCUUUAGCUGGUAGUGCUGUGAGCGUGCAGAUGCUUUCCGUGUCGGCGCUGAUUCUCCCGGGCGCCAGUGGACGCGUGCUCGUGCUGGAAGUCGACUAAAGGUGUCCUUUUCUCCUGUUCCUGUAGCAUGUUAAGUGUUUGUGCAGGUUUGCUUUAACUUUUUCUGUGUAAGUCAGUUCAUUAGGUUUUCUGUUGGGAUAGGGUCUGCAAUUCCUUCUUACAGUCAAAAAAUCUUGCUACCAAGACAGUGUUCUGCUGGUCUGGCUCAGCAGGAAUAGGAAAUAGCAAGCAUCUUCUCAGCUCACCUGCCUGCUUCGAUUUAGUACAUGGGCUCAGCAGUGUUUGCUAGACCGUUACUGACCAGAACACACGGAUGUCCCAUCUCUAGAAAGAGGAAACAUAGUUCAGUUCCCAAAGUGUACCUUAAGUUUGUUUUCUUUAAGUAAAAAUUAGAAUCUGUACUGACUUUCUCUUGGCUGUUUUGCUUUUAAAUGAUGAGUUGUAUACUGUGUUGUUUCGUUAUUUUUUUUUAACUGAUACAGUGCUUAUUAAGUACAUUUGCACUGUGAGUAAAAUUCAAGGUGUUUUGUAAGAA